CACUCCUUCCCAUGGGCAGGCAGGGGUUCAGCCAUCUCCAGGAGAGCAGGGCCACAUCACACAUAAUGGUUACUUGGGAGGACAAACAUCAUCACUCCCAACAUCCCCCUGCUUCCUCUUCUUCCCCUCACUUUAGAUACUGAGCAUGGUGUCAUAUGGUCUGGAGUAUCCCUUGGGCCAAUUUGGGUCAUCUGCUCUGGCUGUGUCCCCCUCCCACACACUCCCAGCCCCCUCUCCAGCGUGGCCAUACGAAAGCAGAAAAGGCCUUGGCUCUGUGUAAGCCCUGCUCAGCAAUAACAAAAACAUCAGUAUAUUAUCAACCCUGUGUUCAACACAAAUCUAAAACACAGCCCCACACCAGCCACUCUACUCCAACCAAACCCAGCACAAUUAUUCACAAAGGGCAGCCCAGUGGGUGCUGUGAGGGCACUUUGUGGGGCUCGGGCCCUGCUCAUGGGCAUUGUGCUGGUGUUGGCUUUAUGUCCACUCUAGUCGUGUUUAGCUAAAUAAAGGGCAGAUUUUCCCAUAAAACUCUCUCCCGAAGGCCUUUUGGUGCCGUGCCAGCUCACCCCAGAGGAUGGGGGAGUUCUGAGUGUUGUGCUGAGUCUCCUGGUGCCCUCAUGGCUGGGGAUGCUGUGAGCACUUCUGAGGGAAGGACUGAGGGGUUGUGAGGGUGUACAGGGGAAUUCGGGCUGUGAGUGACUGGGUGGUCAACAGGACCUGGAUUGGGCAAAGAACCGGGGGAAUGUGAAGGCUGGAUCUCAGGAAAAGGCUCUUCCCCCAGAGGGUGCUGGGGCACUGACCAGGCUCCCCAGGGCAGCGGGCACGGCCCCAAGGCUGCCAGAGCUCAAGGAGCAUUUAAGGCAACGUUCUCAGGGACAGAGUGGGAUUGUUGGGGUGUCCUGGGCAGGGCCAGGAAUUGGACUCGAUGAUCCUUGUGGAACCCAUCUCAGGAUAUUCCAUGACUCCAUGCAGGUCCCUGGAUAGCAAAGUCAGCGAGUGUUGUUAGGCCGCCCUGGAAGGUGCAGUAAUUCAGCCCUGCUACAGUCAGGACAAGGCAGGUGUUGGGCUGUGAGGCUCAGCGAGAGCAUGUGAAGGGAUGGAGAGGGCAUGGGGUUUGGGGGAUGUGUUUAAUAGAGCUGCAAAAGGAAAACAGGGCUUGUCCUGGGGCUGUUGGAUGCUCUGCUUGGUGUCCUCUGGCAAUGGAACUACUCCUGAUGUUCUUCCCAGAGCCUGCUCUUGCCUGACAGAGAGAAGGUGACUCCUUCAAACAGCAGAAGAAAUAAUUUACGGUGAUCAUCAGACUGCAACUUCAGAUUCUUUCAGUUGCGAGACAGCUCCAACCCAGCCUUGGGCAAAAAUGGAAGCUAUCAAGAAAAAGAUGCAGAUGCUGAAGUUGGACAAGGAGAAUGCCAUUGACAGAGCAGAGCAGGCUGAGACGGAUAAAAAGGCAGCUGAGGACAAAUGCAAGCAGGUAGAGGAUGAGCUGGUUGCUUUGCAAAAGAAGUUGAAAGGAACUGAAGAUGAGCUGGACAAGUACUCGGAGGCUCUCAAAGAUGCCCAGGAGAAACUGGAGCAGGCUGAGAAGAAGGCCACUGAUGCCGAAGGGGAGGUGGCAGCUCUGAACAGACGCAUCCAGCUCGUGGAAGAGGAGUUGGAUCGUGCCCAGGAACGACUGGCCACAGCCCUGCAGAAACUGGAGGAGGCUGAGAAAGCAGCAGAUGAGAGCGAGAGGGGAAUGAAAGUGAUUGAGAACAGAGCAAUGAAAGAUGAAGAGAAAAUGGAGAUUCAGGAAAUGCAACUGAAGGAGGCCAAGCACAUUGCCGAGGAAGCCGAUCGCAAAUACGAGGAGGUUGCCCGUAAACUGGUUAUUUUGGAGGGUGAACUGGAACGAGCUGAGGAGCGUGCAGAGGUGUCUGAAGUUAAAUGUAGUGACCUUGAAGAGGAGUUAAAGAACGUCACAAACAACCUGAAGUCUUUGGAAGCUCAAUCUGAAAAGUACUCGGAAAAAGAAGAUAAAUACGAAGAAGAAAUCAAGAUUCUCUCUGACAAGCUGAAAGAAGCUGAAACUCGUGCUGAAUUUGCAGAGAGAACCGUUGCCAAACUGGAAAAGUCUAUUGAUGACCUGGAAGAAAAACUUGCCCAAGCCAAAGAGGAGAACCUGGGCCUGCACCAGACACUGGACCAGACGCUAAACGAACUGAACUGUAUAUGAGAGGCAGGGACCUGCCAGUGGCCAAGGAACUGCCCCGUCCCUGCAGCGCUCCUCUCUCCUUCUUUCUCUCUGUAUCCUGGGAAAGCCAAUUAAGUUAUGACCAGCACAGCCACGCCGGAGGCUCUGGGUGUCACUCGGGGACCUUUUUCCCCCAGACCUCCCCAGGGAGCCCCCGUGGAGCCCCUGCGUGCCCCGCCCGUGGCUGCCCCGCACGGUUCAUGACUCCUUUUGUAUAACCUGGUAGAAGCUGUACCCGGGCAGUGGCGGCACCGCCCGGCCCUGCCCUUCCAUAUUAAAAAUUUCUCUCAGAA